GUAUAAUAAUAAAAGUAACUAAAACGUUCACGCAAACAUAUAGAUAAAGAAAAAAAACGACAGCAAGAAAACAGAAGUCCAUUUAUCAGUUGAUCCAACGGUCAAUAUUUUCACACCUUCACCAAGCAACAACUAAGUCAAAAAAGUAUUACUAAAGACACAAAGAUAAUUGCCGCUUAAGUGCUUAUAGCUUUCUUCUUCCACUCUUUAUUAACCCAUUCAUCUUCUCUCCUUCUUCUCUGUCCCUCUUCUUGGUCUUCUCCAUCAUCAUCAUCAUCAUCUCUCCAAAUGUCUCAAAUCUCCAUAACCUCUCCAAAACAUUGUGCCAAGAAAGGAGGGAUUAACAUCAACAAUCGCCACAAAAAACUCUUUUUCACAUUCUCAACUUUCUUCACCGGCCUUCUCCUCGUCAUCUUCCUCGUUUGGCUCAUCCUCCACCCCGAGAAACCCGAGUUCUCCCUCACUGAAGCCGAUAUAUACAGCCUCAACCUCACCUCCUCCUCCACUCAUCUCCUCAACUCUUCAAUCCAACUCACUCUCUUCUCCAAAAACCCUAACAAAAAAGUUGGUAUCUACUACGACAAGCUACUCGUAUACGCAGCGUAUAGGGGACAACAAAUCACAUCCGAGGCUUCUCUACCGCCUUUUUAUCAAUCCCAUGAAGAAAUCAAUCUCUUGACAGCGUUUCUUCAAGGGACUGAGCUACCCGUUGCUCAGUCCUUUGGUUAUCAAAUCAGUCGUGAUCGGUCAACUGGUAAAAUAAUCAUCGGUUUGAAAAUGGAUGGGAAGCUAAGGUGGAAGAUCGGGACAUGGGUCUCCGGCGCAUACCGGUUUAAUGUGAAUUGUCUUGCACUUGUGGCUUUUGGACAGAACAUGACCACUCCUCCAUUAGCUUCAAUACAAGGGACUCGUUGCUCUACAACUAUAUGAGAUUAUAUAGAAUCAUCAACCACAUAUACACUAUAGUUUCUUUCACUUAUGUGCAAUCGUUCUCUUUGUCGAUGUUUGUGUGCUGGUAUUUAGUACUUCUUGUAAAGUUACAUUGAACUGUUUGUAUAGAAUUAUUUGAAUGUAAAAUACCAAAACCAGAGCAUAACCAUCGUUAAAAGCAGAGGAUAAUUGAAUUGGCAUUUACCAAUAAAAAGGCGAAGAAGAGGAAAAUAGGCAGGACCAAUGUUUCACCUGAUUACUUUCCACUUUUCUUAAAUAAUUCAUGGUGGUUGUACCUUUUUAGAGCUCUACACAUAAAGAUUUGAGUCUGUUGGGUCCA